CCCGCCAUUGUCCGCCGCCACCAUCGGCAUUCUGACACUCACGACAGCACGCACUAUGGCGGACACAGUCGCUAUUCGCGGAAAUGAGCCUGAUCCAGCGAUAGAUGCUGAGGAAGGACUAUUGCGACUGAGGAGGGAAAGGCAACUAUAACUACCAGCUGCCCCGGCGUCUUGUGCACACUGUGAUGGUCGCAACAAUCCAGUCAAAGAUCAAGCACAAUCCUGUCCCAAAGACACUCGCUCUGCUAUCAAAAUGUCAGAAGAAAAGGGCCAGGAUGUUAUCCACCUCGACGAGCCCAACGGCAACUUCGAUCGCAAAUGGAGAGAGGAGCAGUGGGGAGACAAGAAACUGAGUGUUGCGGCUCAGGACGUCGCCAAAGACGAAAAGGACAUGACAAUCCCCGAGGCUAUCAAGAUCUACAAGAAAGCCAUUCUUUGGAGCUUGGUCAUCUCAACCUGUGUCAUCAUGGAGGGAUACGAUACAAACCUUCUGGGCAACUUCUAUGCAUACCCAUCCUUCCAGAAAAAAUAUGGCGACUGGGUCGGCAUCUCGAAACAGACACCCACGGGGUAUUCGCUGACUGCUGGUUGGCAGUCUGGUCUCGGUCAAGGCUCUGGCUGCGGUUCCAUUCUGGGCACGAUCAUCAACGGGUGGCUGGUUACGGCGUUCGGUCCUCGCAAAGUCCUUCUCUGGACCCUCUGUGUCAUGACCUGCUUCCUCUUCAUCGUUUUCUUCGCGCCCAGCAAAGAAGUUCUCCUGGUGGGUGAGAUCCUGCUGGGGUUCGAAUGGGGAAUCUUCGCCACUACCGCACCGGCAUACGCGUCGGAGGUGCUCCCGUUGCAGCUCCGCGUCUUCUUCACCUCGUAUGUGAACAUGUGUUUCAUCAUCGGCCAGUUCAUCUCCGGCGGCGUCCUGCGCGGACUGGUCAGCAGAAGCGACCAGUGGGGAUACCGGAUCCCUUUCGCGAUCCAAUGGAUCUGGCCGGCGUUCCUCAUCCCCUUGAUCUGGUUCGCUCCCGAGUCGCCGUAUCACCUCGUUCGUCACAACAGGCUCGAAGAGGCGGAGAAGUCGAUUCGCAGACUGCAGGCUCCUGGUCCGGGGCUAGAUCCCAAGAGGACUCUCGCGACCAUUGUCUACACGAACAACUUGGAGGAGCAACUUGCCGUUGGCACCUCGUAUUUCGACUGUUUCCGAGGCUUUGAAAGGCGACGGACAGAGAUCGCCUGUGUGGUCUUUGGUGGUCAGCUCGUGUGUGGUCUCUGCUUUGCCUAUGCUUCAACAUACUUCUUUCAACAAGUCGGCUUGGACACAAAGGCGGCUUACUCUUUGGGCGUUGGAGCUAACGGCCUUGCACUAUUGGCUUGCUUUGCCAACUGGUUCUUGCUCAUGCCAUACUUUGGCCGCCGCACCGUCUAUGUGUGGGGAAUGUUCGCCAUGGCCAUUGAAUUGUGCCUGAUUGGCAUUCUCAACCCGUGGACCGAUCGUCAGUCCGUCGCUUGGACCCAGGCUGUCCUGACCUUGGUCUGGACCGUGACCUUCCAGCUCAGCGCGGGCCAGCUAGGAUGGGCCCUGCCGGCCGAGAUCGGGUCGACCAGGCUGAGGCAGAAGACCGUGUGCCUCGCGCGAAACGUGUCCAACAUCACCGGCGUCAUCGGCGGCACGCUCGAGAAUUUCUUCAUGAAUCCCAAGGCCUGGAACCUCCAGGGCUACACGGGCUUCGUGUGGGGUGGGUGUGCCUGGCUCGUGUUCAUCUGGGCAUUCUUCCGCCUCCCGGAGACGAAGGACCGCACAUUCCACGAGCUCGACAUCCUCUUCGCCAAGAACAUCCCCGCCCGCCAGUUCAAGACGACCCAGGUCGACGAGUUCGACGAGCACGACCAGAACCAGCUCGCCGCGCGGUACUCGGUCGACGCCCAGGGCCGGCCGCCGCGCCGCCCGUCCUUCGUGCCCUCGGUGACUAACGUGCUGGCGAACCACGGCCGUGCCGAGGACGCGCUGGCCCAGCGCCGCGGCUCCGUCGUCACCACGCCCGACGUGUCGCGCAGGCCGUCCAUCGCCUCCGCCGUCACCGAGUACCUGAGGACGCAUUGAGGUUUGGAGGGUGGAGGGAACCAAGGCCCUUUUUUCCUCUUGCUAGGCCGAUGGGGGUCGGUGUGGUGGAUCAGCCGAUGCAUUGAAACCCAGCGCGCAUGAGUAUUUUUGAUGUGUCUAUGUUUCUGUGUGGGUGGGUGGGUGGAUUGAGCGGAUUCUGCUUCGUUUCCUCUAUAUCUCUACCCCCUUUUUGUAUGCGGAAGACAGUGGUCUCAUAGUCCAUUUGCUCUUUGCUCUUUGCUCCUUGUAUGCAUGGACGGAGCACAGUCCACCCAGCGAAGAUAACCUUUCCGUCCAGCCAACGACGAAGCCACGGUAUAUAUAUGCAAACUCAGA